CCACCCCGUACCCGCCCCGCCCCGCCUGACCCACUCCAUACCCGACCCAUACCCGCUUUAUACCCACCCCAUACCCGCAUAAGACCCGACUAGCCAUAGCAUAAUACGAUUAAAAAAAAAAAAUUACUACACCUAAUGAAAUCUAACCCAGUAACCCACUUACCCAAUACCCACCCUCAUUCAGUCAUUCACUCAUUCUCAAAACAAAAACCCUAGCCUCACUGCCUCACUCUCUCCUCUCACAGUCUCACUGCCUCACUGUCUCAAGCGCUGAAUCUCUUCCUCAAGCCUCAAACCCCUCUCUUCGAUCCUUCUUCUUCAACCUCGUGGUCCUCGUCUGCAAUCAAAUCUCUUCGAUCCUUCUUCUUCAACCUCGAUCUUGCAAGGCUGCAACUCAUUCAAUUUAGGUAAACGUUUUCGCAUUAUUAUCUUUGAAUUUUCUUAAUUCAAUAUGUUCAAUUAAGAAUUUCUUAAUUGGGUUUUCGAUUGAAAGUAUGUGAUUCGUCUUUUAUUUAUGAUUUGUUCGAUUGCGGUUUUCAAUAUUUCAUUUGAUUGAGCUAGGGUUUCGUGUUAUAUUUGUAUGAUACUUUCAAUCUAAUGCAAUGUAGUUGAUUACUGUUAUUUUUUGUAUGAUAAUGUAUGAAUAUGAUGACCUCCAAAUUUUUUAGUUUAUUAGGGUUUUAAUCUAGAAUUUUCAUUACUUGUUUUUUUUAUAUUUAAUUUCACAAAAUAGAUAUAAUAAAGUCGAAAUAUGUAUAGAUUGUAAUUAGUUUUUCUCAUUAAUUUCAGACUUAUAAGUUUAUGUUUAUUAUUUUAGCUUAUGUGUGAUAACUAAAUUCGGAUUAUGUCAUUUGACCACUUAUUCGAUCAUUAUAGAUUUAGUUACUUUUUUUUUAUUUAAUUCAUUUACUAAGAUCAAUCUCUGUAGUACACACUAACUUAACACACUUUGUAUAUAAUUAAGUGGGGAUGAAUUUUGAUUGUAUUGUAGUUCAAAAUAUAUAUACUGAUUUUUUACUAAAUUUGAAUUGAAAAUGACUGGCUAUUAGCCUAUGAAUGAUGCAUGGUGUGUGUGAGCGUUUGUGUUUGUAUCUAUGUGGCUCAGUGGCUAUAAAUUUGUGUUGUAGCCUGUAUGUAGUGGUUAGUGACUUAGUGUGAUAGGUGGUUAACUGGUUAUGCAGCAGCAACAAUAUAUUAACAUAGCAGUUACAGUAUGACAUUAUGCAUUGAUAGGCCUUUCAACAUGAUAUCUUCCGAUAGCUGUGCUAGAAGCAUGAUCUGCCUUUGCUGCUGUGCAUUGCUAAUUUGCUAUUAUUAAUUUAUUAUUGCUGUUUCUGAGAUGUCAAAUGUGUUCAAUACUGUAGUCAAUAUGUCUAGUGCAUUAAUUGUCUUUAUUUAAUUUUUACAGGGGAGAAUGACAUCUAAAAAUCAGAAUAACGCUAGUGUUCCCACUUUCGCUAGUAAUACUCCAAUUGCAAUAGAUGAUGAUGAAAGUCCUCUAGAGACUAAUUCCGAUCCUUCUCUCCUACCAAUUACUAGUAGGCAUACUUCGGCAGUGUGGUCUGAUUUUAAGAGAAAGAGAGUUGGGGAUGUGAUAAAAGCUGAGUGCAACCAUUGCUCCAAGCUACUUGCUGGUGGGUCAAAAGAAGGAACUACUCAUUUGAAAGAUCAUAUAAAAAUAUGUCCAAAGAGAGUAUGUCAAGAUCUUCGACAAACAAGAAUGUUUGGUACAAAAAAAAACUUGAAUGAUAAGAAUGACACGAUGACAUUGGCUCCUUACGAAUUCCACCAAGAAGAUGGAAGAAGAGACUUGGCAGAGAUGAUUAUUUUGCAUGAGUAUCCAAUUAGCAUGGUUGAGCAUAUUGGUUUUAGAAAAUAUAGCAAGACACUCCAACCUGGAUUUAAAGUGCCGUCUCGCAACACAACUAGAAAAGAUAUUAUGAAAAGAUAUGAGCUUGAGAAGGAGAAUGUUGCAACCUUGUUGAGGAAAGCAAAGGGUAAGAUUGCCUUAACUACUGACAUGUGGACAGCUGACAACCAGAGAAAAGGUUAUAUGGCGGUCACCUCACAUUUUAUUGAUAAUACAUGGAAGUUGCAAAGUCGGAUCAUAAGGUUUUUAUAUGUCCCCGCCCCUCAUACUGCUGAGGUUCUUGCUGAUGCUUUGAAAGAAAGCAUUCAAUCAUGGAAUCUUGAUCUUAGGUUGUCUUCUAUAACCGUGGAUAAUUGUUCAACUAAUGAUGCAAUGAUGGAAAUUUUGAAAGGAGGGUUUCCAUAUGGCUCACUUUUAUUGCGAGGUGAUUUUUUUUCAUAUGCGUUGUUGUGCUCACAUAUUAAAUUUGAUUGUUCAAGAUGGUUUAAGUGCUGUGGUAUCAAAUGGUGUUCAAAGAAUUAGGGAUAGUGUUGUGUUUUGGACUGCUUCUGAUAAGAGAGUACAAAGGUUUGAACAAGUGGCUAAGCAAAUAACUCCUGAGUGUAGUAGAAAGUUAGCACUUGAUUGCAAAACCCGGUGGAAUUCUACUUAUGAAAUGCUUUCUAUUGCUACUAGUUAUAAAGAAGUGUUUGUUGUUUUAAGUGCUCGUAAUAAUUUAUAUAAGAAUCCACCGACCCCUGAAGAUUGGGAAAAAGUUGAGAAAAUAUGUGAACAUUUGGAAGUGUUUAGUAAAACUACCCUUAAUUUUUCAGGAACAAAUUACCCUACGGCCAAUCUUUAUUUUCCUAAAAUUUGUGCUUUGAGAAUUGCUAUUUCUGGUUGGCUUUUAUCUCCUCAUGAUUACGUAAGGAAAAUGGCCGACAUUAUGUUACAAAAAUAUAACAAGUAUUGGGCUAGUGUGAAUGGCUUAAUGGGAGUGGCAACAAUACUAGAUCCUAGAUACAAAAUGGCUCUUAUUCGCUUUUAUUUUGCAAAAUUUUUUGAUGAGAAUGACUUUGAAAUUGAGGUUAGUAGAAUUAGUGAUCUUCUACGAAGAUUGGUUGAUGAAUAUGGGUCUAAGAUGGGUAAAACUCAAGGUAGUAGCAACCAACAAGCUUUUGAUUUGGGUAGUAGUAGCAAAUCCAAUGAAGAGACCUUUAUGCAAGAAUUUGCUGAAUUUUUACAACAAGAUAAGGACUCAAGUCAUGAUAUAUCAGAUUUGGAUAAGUAUUUAGAUGCUGCUAAUGUGCCUCUAGUCCAAGAUUUUGAUAUUCUUAACUGGUGGAAGACAAAUGGAGGCACAUAUCCCAUUCUUCAGCAAAUAGCAUGAGAUAUAUUGAGCAUUCCUGUUUCUACUGUUGCAUCAGAGUCCGCAUUUAGCACAAGUGGUCGGGUUCUUAAUCCUUAUCGUAGUCGGCUUUUACCGGAAGCUGUAGAAGCUUUGAUGUGUACUCAAAAUUGGAUAUGGGCUGCUUCUAAAAAUUGUGGAGAAUUUAAGGAUGAUGAAUAUGCUAAAUUAGUGGGAGAAUUAGAGGAAGGACUUGAAACAUGUGAUAUCGAUUCUGGAACAAGUGGACUUUGCACCGAAUAAUUCAAGGCCUAAUGAAUUUCUUGUUAUGUAUUUGAAUAUUUGUAGACUUGUAGUUAUUUUUAAUAUUUGGACUUUGGACAAUUUGGAGUUAGCGUUUUUUUUUUUUCUCUUAUGUACUACUAAUUUUAAGUUUUUUAAUAUGUAGUAAUGUAGUAUGUAUGCCUAAGGUGUUGCACUUUAUGAAAAUGGUUGAUCUUGCAGUGGUUUUUGUUGGAUUUGAGUUAA